GACAGACAGACGGACGCAGGGAGGGCCGGACACAAGGACAGACAGGGGGACGGGCAGGGCCCAGCAGGGACAGACGGACACAGGUGGGCCUGACGCCCCCGGCCAGCUGCAGGCUCCAUGGAGGGGACGGUCCCCCCUCGGGCGGCGUACCGGGCGGCCAUGGUGCUGAGCGGGGCGGGCGACGUGCUGGGCUACCGGAACCAGCGCUGGGAGUACUGCCCCUCGGGCCCCCAGAUCCACGCCGAGCUGGCCCAGCUGGGGGGAUUGGGGGGCAUCCAGGCCGCGCCCCCCGACUGGCCCGUCAGCGAUGACACCGUCCUGCACCUGGCGACCGCGGAGGCCCUGGCCACCGGACUGGAGGGGGAGGCGUUGCUGCAGGAGCUGGCGCGAGGCUACGUGGCAGCGAUGGGCGACAUGGAGGGCAGGAAACCCGGCCCCACCAGCAUCCUGGGGACGUCCCAGCUGCGCCCGGGCGAGCCGGCCGGGUACCGGAUCCCCUUCAACCCCAGUGCCACCGGCUGCGGGGCCGCCAUGCGCUCCAUGGCCAUCGGGCUCAGGUACCCGCGUCCCACAGAGCUGCCGACCCUGAUCCGGAUCAGCGUGGAGAGCGGGCGCAUGACGCACCAUCACCCCACAGGGUACCUGGGGGCGCUGGCCUCGGCCCUGUUCACGGCCUAUGCGGUGCGGGGACUCUCCCUGGCGCAGUGGGGGGCCGGCCUGCUGCAGACGCUGCCCCUGGCCCAAACCUACGUGCGGGACACGGGCAUCGACACCCAGCCCAACCUGGAUGCCUGGGGGUACUUCCCCCAGAAAUGGACCUGGUAUCUGGCUGAGCGGGGCCUGGCCGAAGGACAUGGCCCCCCCCGGUUCCCCUCCCCCUACGGCCCGGCGGAGCGGGACGGGGUCUACCAGACCUUCAGCCUGGAGGGCUGGGCGGGGCGCAGCGGGCACGACGCCCCCAUGAUCGCCUACGACGCGCUGCUGGGCGCUGGUGACCGCUGGGACGAGCUCUGCAGCCGGGCCAUGUUCCACGGGGGAGACAGCGACUCGACGGGCGUCAUUGCGGGGUGCUGCUGGGGGCUGGCGCACGGGCUGGCCGGGGUCCCCGAGGGGAAUCACCGACACUUGGAGUACCGGCACCGCAUGGAGGCAGCCGCCGACCGGAUCCAUGCCCUGGCCUGGGGGGAGAGCGCCCCGUGAGCGGGGGGACCCCGCUCUGCCCGGACACCUGGGUUCCUUCUUAUCCCCACCACCCUGGCCUCCCACCCUGCACUCAACAGCCAACCCCACCGCAGGCCAGGGCUGGAUUUGGGGGGUCCCCCAUUCCCCAGAUACAUGGGGGAGGGGCACCAAAUUCCCAUCCCCCCCAGUGCACGCUCCUGGCACCCCAUGAGCGGGGGGACCCCACUCGCUAGCACCUCCUACUGCUGCACCCAGGACACCAGGUCUCCCGGGUCAGUGUCGCUGCUCCUGGCACCAUCCUGCUCAAUAAACCCGUCUCCUGCUGUCCCAUGCCAGCGGGGGUCAUUUCAGGGGGGCCCGGGGCCCGUGCCAAGGAGCAGGCAUCCCCUGGGGGAUGGGCGAGGCCAGGGUGCAGGGGAGGAGUGGCCAGAACCCAGGCGUCCUGCUCCCUGCAGCGCAGCACCCCCAGCACCCCACUGAUCCCAGCACUGACUGCCAGGGAAGGGUCCCCCACAGCCCCCAACGCCGGCUGCCUGCUGUGCUGUCCUCUCCUAGCCCUGCUCUGCAAUCCCCCAGGGCCACCUUCCCGCAGGCCUUGUGCCCCAGCUGGGGGGGGGGAGAGAUCAGCCCCCCGGGAACCCAGGCCCCCCUCUGCUCUAAGGGCUGUGCCCCCAAACCUGUUACUGGCUCCCCAGAGGGGCCUGCAGCCCCCAACUUUCUGCUCAGCCCCACCCGGCUGGGCCCCAUCAGCCAUUAAACCAGCUCCUGUCAGCGCCCACCCGCUCUUCCCCCAGCUGCUCCCAGCUCUGGUCAUUGGCCUCCGCCAGCCAGCCGAGGUCACUCAAUCCGGGUGCACUGCAAACAGAACGGGGCACCAAUGUUGUACUUAAAGUACUGCACAGGAUCUCUUCAGGGGGAAUAAGGCAAAACGCCACAUUUAUUAGUAAUACAUGUAUUCAUUAACACUGUAUUACAUGCAUAUAAUAUAUUACACUCACACUCACACACACACACAAACACACUCCGUCUUGUUGUUACCAAUUAGUUGCUCCCCUUAACUUCACUGGCCAGGUGAGUUAGAUGGGGGAGGGGGUGGAGCCGGGCUUCUGCCGAUCCAGAUCGAUGCUCCCAUGUUGACAAGACGAGACCCGGGGUCCUCUGCAAGACACCUCACUUUUAUAGCAGCUUCCCUCUCAUGCAAAUCUAGACCAGAUUCAAACUCUG